AUAGGAACGUCCUGCGCCCCGGUAGUAGCAAACCUAUACUAUGCUUUUUUCGAAAGAGCUCUCCUCCCUAGAUACCCGAAGAUUCGCUUCUAUAAACGCUAUAUAGACGAUAUCUUCUUACUGUUUAAAGGGACAGAAGAAGAACUUAUUAGCCUACAAUCAGCCUUUAUUAUUAAAGGACUAACGAUUAAUUAG